ACGCCGAUCCAUCGCCCCUUCUCAGUCCUUGGUCUGAAGGAAAAGAAAAGCUGCUCUCUCUCCUGCAGCCAGACACCAACCAACACGACCGGACCCGGCAGCACGCCCGGCACCAGGAACAGCCCCUCCGACUUGGCACUCGCACUGGUCCCACGAGCCUUUGAUGGCUGAGCGAGGCAGGAAGCGGUCGCCCUAUUUGCCGGAGCCGAACACAGGAUCCUCCUCCUGCUCUUCCUUUUAGCCUUUUGAAAAAGCCGCGCUUUUCAAACUCGCCAGGGGCGCUCCGUGCAUGAGGCAGUCCCCCCAUCCCACGCAGUAAACGGUUUCUGUUGAAUUUCUGCCUGUAGUAGAAGGCACUAAAGGUGCAAAACCAGAGUGGUGUCUUGGGAUACCCUGAAGCUCGGUUAGACUAAGGGCUGCAGUCCUUAUACAAGGAGUAACUCUAAUUGAAUGCAAUGAAGUAAAUCCAGUUGUCUGGAAAACAAUUUUGUAACUGUAAUGUAAACCUAAAAGGGUGGCAGACUGCAGGAACUACAGAAGAACAGGUGAAAAACUGGACGUAGGAAGACAACAUGAGUGCUUCUGGAGGAAGUUGUGGAAGUCCCAAUUCUGCAGAACUGACUGGUGACCACUUCAAGGAACUGUGGUCCAAACUGAAGGAAUGUCAUGAUAAAGAAGUAAAAGGAUUACUUUCAAAGAUCUCCAAACUGAAAACAGAACGGUGUUUGGAUGCAGAAAGGCUUGAAGAGUAUUAUGCCAAAAAUCAGCAGCUUAGAGAGCAACAGAAAACAUUGCAUGACACUAUCACAGUUUUAGAAGAUCGGUUAAGAGCAGGAUUGUGUGAUCGUUGCGCAGUAACUGAAGAACAUAUGAAAAAAAAACAGCAGGAAUUUGAAAAUAUUCGACAACAAAACCUUAAGCUAAUCACUGAACUGAUGAAUGAAAGAAACAACUUACAGGAUGAAAAUAAAAAGAUUUCUGAACAGCUUCAGAAGAUGCAGGAAAAGAUAGAGGAACAAGAGCAAUAUAUGGGAAAUGCUAUUCCAGAUUCACCAGUUCAGUCAUUUUCACUUUCCAUGGUUAAUAGAAUGCGCCAAAAACGAGAGAAUAGGCAUAUCCGAUACACAGAACAAAAGUGUACAGAUUCAGAGCAGACAGGAAGAAGUCAUGAUCUUGGGAAUAUACUACCAUCCUCCACUCAAAGGCAUGCCCUUUUGGGAGAAGAAAUAUUGGUGGCAGAUACCUGUGAUCCACAGUUGUCCCCUGUAUCAAAUGAAAAAGUGACAGAUGAGUGUCCUGAUGCAGCAUCACCAUUUAACUUGGCUGUAGUUGUUGCAGAAACCCUUGGGCUUGAUGAGCUUGGGUCUCGGAACAAAGCACAGGGAGUUUCCAGAAAACAGUUGAUUCAUGGGUGUCCUAAUAAUACUGCUGACAACAUGGGUUUUUCAGAUCCAUCUGAGGACAUUUCUCCACCUAUAGAUUGGGAUUAUAAAGUACCUUCUCCUGUUUUUGGAGCAUCUGCCAAUGUAAAAAGCAGCUUGGCCAUGAGUACCAGUAGCUCCCCUUCUGUGUUAGCAACAGGAUGCAAGUCAAAUCUGAAAAUCAACCCCACAAACAAUUCUUCUAUUUCUAGAUCUGAGAAAGUGAGAUCAAAAUCUGAAGAUGUUUCUUUUGUUGCACCACUUAACCUUGGGUGUGAAGUAACCUCAGUUAUCAGUCAGGCUCCAACUGGUAAGCAAGUGGUUCACAAACAGAAUUCAGAUGAGCCUAAAAUAUCCAUAACCAAUGCACAUUUAGAGAAAGAUGAGAAAAUCACAAGUAGCUUCAUUCUUACACAACAGAAACUAUUAGGAAGCAGGUGUCCUAAAAGGAAGAAAUCUGAUGAGAAAAAUGGGCAUGUGAUUAGCUGUGAAAAAGAAAAUGCCUUCCCAUCCAGUGCUGACAUUCCUCCUGCUAUCAAUAGAGAUAAUAUCACGGAUAAACCUUUAGAUCUUUCUGAUCAUUUUUCUGGUGUUCACUGUCGAGAAAAAAGCCACAUACAUUCUGAGAGUGCCAAAACCAAGUUGAGCCAAGCAACUCUUCAUGAUGUUUUUCAACAACUACUGAAAGAUUCUUCAUCUAAAGUCAUCACUGGAAGCAAAGAUUCACAAAGGGAUCCCAGUAUACAGAAAGGAAUCCUGAAAUCUCUCAGCAAAGCAUCCCCAGAGAAAGACCCUGAAAUUCAAAUAAAAGAAGAAAUAACCGGCUUAUGUCAUCCACAUUUGCCAAAUGAUGACCUGGAAUCCAGUCCCUCUGAAGAUACGAAAGUUGUUGCUGACUCUGAACCAGCAACUAAGAGAGUACGAUCAGGACUUGGAGUAGGUGAGCCAGCAUCUGUGCUUCAACCAAACCCUUGCAGGGGGACGAAAGCCACACAGCUCUACAGUGAGCAAGAUAAAACCACACUGGAAAGUGUUCAGUGGAGUAUAGAUCCAGGAGCUGAUCUUUCCCAAUACAAAAUGGAUGUUACUCUGAUAGACACAAAAGAAGGUACCCAAACAAGAAUUGGAGCAGAAACUAUGGACAUGGACUAUACAUAUGUCAGUGAGAGUAUUCUAUUAAGAAUGAAAAAGCAAAAAGAUAAAAAAGCAAAUAGCCCAAUAGGAGAGGAAAGAGAGAGUGACAGCAUAGCAGAAAUAUUUGAUCGGACAACCUAUGAAGAGUAUGAAUCCUACUUGGAAGAUGACAGUGUCCCAGAAUGUAACAACAAUGAGUCUUCUCAAGAGGAAGAGGAAGAAAAUGAGAUUUUAAGAGUAAAGCAGCACACACAGAACCAUGGAAACAAACAAGAUAAAGCCAGACAGAAAGCUUUUGUGGAACCGUAUUUUAAAGACAAUGAAAGAAAGAAAAGUGCAUUAGAUUUUCCUCAUAUUGAGGUUGUGCGGAAGAAAGAAGAGAGAAGAAAAUUACCUGGUCACACUUGUAAGGAAUGUGAAAUAUAUUAUGCAGACUUUCCAGAAGGAGAAAGAGAGAGAAAGAUAGCUACUUGUUCGAGGCAUCGAUCUCGCUAUGCUCCUCCUGACACACCAGACAAUUUCUGGGAGGUUGGAUUCCCUUCUACCCAAAUGUGUGUUGAAAGGGGUUAUAUAAAAGAGGACCUUUCUCCCUGCCCACGGCCUAAACGAAGACAACCUUAUAAUGUGAUGUUUUCUCCAAAAGGGAAAGAACAAAAAACAUAACUGAGGAGUAAACUGUGAAAAUAUAAGAUAUAAACCUUUUGUUUCAGUUCGUAUUUAUAACCAAUAAAAAUAUAAAUAUGCAAGAAAUUAGAAAUUGGCUUUCCUUAUCAUUUGAAAAAUAUAUCCCCCUAAAUCCAACUAUUUAAUAUGUGUGUAUAAGUAAGUAAUUUUUGUAUAUAUGUUUAUAUGUCUUGUUCUGAUUUUGCACCCCAUAGUAUGGAGGGCCUAUUAGAGCCUGCAGUUCAGGUCCCUGCUGGCUGCAUUCAAACCUGGUGUAUAUUGGUAUCUUCUUUGGGCUAAGGGAAGUUGCAGCUGCUCAUGUUGGGUUUAGAAGAUCCCAAGAAUUUUAGGUCUGACCUUAGAGGGUGCUUCAGUUUUGCACUGGAUAACUUAAUGUGUAGCCACUUUGCUUUUUGUAAUUUUUUAAAAAGUCUAAUAAAAAUGUGUUUUCUUAA